UGAGGGUUAGAUCUUUCUGCUCAACUAUUAUUCCAUCUUUUGACUUAAUUCAUUUUUCCAUAAAUCCAAUUUCAUUUGCUUAACUGUUCCCAUUCUCAUUCUCAUCCCCAUUCCCAUUCCCAUAUAUUAUUACCGUACAUUCCUGAUUUCAAUAAUUAUAAUAAUAAUAUUUGACGAUUUGCUAUAAUCUUCUUUUGACAUCUUUGGUUUUACACUACUUAUCUCAUCCGACUUUGAAAUCAUCCUUCGUUACCGUAUUAAAUUAAUUAAGUAGUAUCUUCACCUACAAGAAUAGCUAUUUUUAUUUGACUUGUUCUACUGACUAAGUCUUGUGUAGAUACUUGUCAUUAUCAUUUCAAAAAUGUCUACAACUUCAAGUAAACUUACUACUUCAACAAGGUUUCCCUUACAUGAACAAUCUUUAAAUAAUGACAAUCCAUCGAAUAAUAUGAAAGUUAUAGAUACUCCAAUAAGUCAUAAAUCAAAUUAUAAAUCAAAAAUGUCAACUCCUCCGGAAAGUAUAUUUGUUAAUAGAAAAAGACCUUUAGGUAUGGAAACUCCUAUUAAACAUAUGAUUCAUGAUCCAACUAAUAUUAAUUUAGAUCCAACCAUCCUUUCUUCAAAUUCAAUGUCUUUACUUUUAUCUCCUGCUUUUUCUUCUCCUCUGCAACAUCAUCAGAAUAAUAAUAUUCAUUUAAAUAAUGAUUAUAAUAAUCAUAUUAAUAAUAAUAUUAAUACAACUUCAUUGAAACCUCCGGCUUCUUAUAUUAAACCUGGUAAUUCAUUCUUAUCAACUACUAAAGAAGAUCCAAAUAAAUCUUCAACCACUAAAAAGGUUAAAAAGGCUAAACCAUCUAAGGAAACUACCUUUGAUUUACAAUCAGAAGAUAAACCUCCAUAUUCAUAUGCGACUUUGAUUGGAAUUUCUAUUCUUAGUCAUGAAGAUAAAAGAUUAACUUUAUCACUGAUUUAUCAAUGGAUUUCUGAUACUUUUAAAUAUUAUAAACGUGAAGAUGUUGGAUGGCAAAAUUCAAUUCGUCAUAAUUUAUCGUUAAAUAAAGCCUUUGUUAAAGGUGAAAAAUCAAAAGAUGGAAAGGGACACUUUUGGUUAAUUAAACCAGGAUGUGAAGAACAAUUCUUGAAAUCAAGAUCUGUUAAAAAGAGUUCUUAUCAUGAAGUUAUGGAUCAAAUUAAAAAUGCUAAUCAUUAUUGGAAUAGAGAUGAUACAAAACGUUCUAUGAAUGCUAUUCCAUCUUCACCAAAUAUUAGUACUGAUUAUGAAGAUCAAUCUAUUAAAAGAAGAAAAUAUUCAGAAAUUGAUAAAUCUGCUGAUUAUGAUGAUGAAGAAGAAUAUAAAUAUGCGUAUGUUGAUGAAGAUUCAAAUAAAAGAUCUCAUGAAGGUAGUAAUGCUGAUGAUGAACAAGAUGAUGAUGAUGAAGCAGAUAUAACUCAUGUUUUGCAACCACAUCAUACAGCCAUUGAAGAAAAUCCAUUUGGUAAUGUUACUAAAACUCCAAAAACCAAUACUCAUGCUCCAACAUUUGUAGUAUCUGAAUCUCCUGAUAAACCUUUAUUGGCAGGAAAGAAUUUAACUUAUACUUCAUCAUUUAGUUGUAAUUCAAAUUUAGAAUUAUCUCCAGUAAGGCCCAGUGAAACUGGACCAUUAUUAGAACCAUUAACUCCAGCCAAUGAUAUUUAUCAAAGACAAAAGAAUCAGCAACCAAAUUUUAUUCAAACCACUACUCACAAUAAUUUACAAGCUUUCUCUCAGUCAUUAUUACCAGUAUUAUAUCAAAGACCAUCACUCAUAAAUAAUCAUAUACUGCAGAUUCAACCACCAAAUAAUAAUGCUAGUGGUACAACAAGUACUACAAGUACUACUACCAAUAUUUUACAAAAGACUCCUAAGGGAACUACAACUAGAACUCCUAUCAGACUCUUAAGAACUCCUCAAAAUAAUUCAAUUAUGAAAAAACUUUGGAAUUCACCUUCAUAUUUGGAUGAUUUCUACUAUAGUCCUUUGGUACAUAAUCAAUCAGGUAAUGGAGUUCCCAACUCGACGUCUAGAACUUAUCAUCAUAGUUUAACAUCAUACGAUGAUGAUGAUAUGAUUUUAAGAAAUUAUGAUCAUCAUCAUCAUACUAUUACUUCAGCUUCUUCACCAUUAGUUAGACGUUCCAAUAGUGCAUCAGUAAUUGAUACUGGUAGGAAUUUAUAUAAUGAUCUCAAACAAAUGGAAUCAUUAAAGUCUAAACCAUCAAUAGAUAAAAGCUCACCAACUACUGAGCCAGAUGAUAGUUAGGAGUUAAGACAUGGAGUCUCUUUUGGUUUCUGUUGGGUAUUUUUGGUUACAUUCAGUUCAGGAUGGAUAGUUAAUGCGGUUGGCACCAUAUCUUAUAUUAUAUUAUAUUAUAUUACUAAUAAUAUUGUUUUUUACUUGUUUUGUUUCUCUUGUUUUGUUAUACCGUUUGGUAAAGUCUUUUUUCUAUGACAAUGGAUGUCAUUCUUAUUUUAUAUAUUAUUCUAUAUUCCCUUCUAUAUUGUAAUUGUAUUAUUUAAAAGCUUAUUAAUCUGUACUAGCGCACCCUUUACAUCCGCACGUAAUACAUUGUAAAUUAGUGAUUUUGUCUUCGUCUUCACCAUUUUCUAUUAACUUAUCCUUUGGUACUCUACACACGCACGUACUUUUAUGAUUCUUAUCUGAUACCAUAAUACAUUGUACACAACAUAAAUUUUCAUAACCUUGUUUCUUCCAUUUAG